AUGAUGUGGGAGAAUCAGAAGACCAUACGCAUUUCUGGUGGUCCAUCUGGAGGUAGGGGUCGACAAUUCGCCCCAAAUCCCACAUCUGGUCCGUCCCAAUCCUUUACAUCUGGGAGUCGGGGCGUUGAUCGGAACACUCAGCCAGUGGUUCCUCCAACCGCUAAUCCGGGUGGCUGGGCUCCUCCUGGUGGACGAGGGCGUGGAAGUCAGUGUUUUGGUUGUGGUGGUUUUGGUCAUUUGAGGAAGGACUGUCCAUCUCAUGGGCAGCCACGCCCAGAUUUGUUCAUUGGAGGGACAACACAAGCCGAUGUUAACGAUCCUGUUCAUAUGGAGAAUGAAGAAGAAGAGGCUGAAAUUGUGUAUACAGGUGAUACGGGGCCUCUUUUGGUGGUCCGACGGGCGUGCCUUACGCCUAAGGGGUCGUCUGAGGACUUGCAGCGAAAUAAUAUCUUCCUGUCUACGUGUACCAUUGGAGGAAAGGUGUGUAGGUUCAUCAUUGAUUCGGGCAGUUGCGAAAAUGUGAUAUCUGAAGCGGCCGUACAGAAGUUGCAGUUAAGCAUCGAACCUCAUCCUGCUCCCUAUAGCUUAGCAUGGUUGAGACGAGUAAUGAAAUUCGUGUUACUAGUUGUGUGUUGGUAUCUUUUUCUAUUGGCAGUGUGCAUCGUGAUAGUGUUUAGUGUGAUGUGGUGCCAAUGGAUGCAUGUCAUUUGUUGUUGGGUCGUCCAUGGCAGUUUGAUAGAUUGUACUACUACCCUCCAAAGAUACGCAGUGUCUGUCUUCGACAGGGACAGUACUAAUUUACUUUCCCGAUCUUUGUUUGUGCGUGAGAUGCUGGCAGAAGGUGUUGUACUGUUGUUAGUGGGAACUGAGGCGACAGGAGUGUCGACAGUUCCUAUGGCAGCCAAGGGGACGGGUCUUCACCCCAAAGCUGCCGCCUUGGUGUCUGAGUUUCAUGAUAUGUUUCCGGAUGACCUUCCACAGGGUCUUCUGCCUUUGCGGGAUAUGCAACAUCACAUUGAUUUGGUACCAGGCGCAUCAUUGCCUAAUCGCCCACAUUAUCGAAUGACCCCAGUGGAACAUGAGGAGUUGAACAGACAAGUAGAGGAGUUGGUGCAGAAGGGGUACAUCAGAGAGAGCCUCAGCCCGUGUGCAGUCCCCGCACUCCUAGUGCCAAAAAAAGAUGAGAGUUAUCGGAUGUGUAUAGAUAGCAGGGCCAUCAACAAAAUAACAGUUCGUUAUCGCUUUUCGAUACCGAUGCUAGAUGACUUGCUUGAUCAGUUGGCCGGCGCAACUGUGUUUACCAAACUGGACUUGAAAAGUGGUUACCAUCAGAUAAGAGUCCAUCCUGGUAAUGAGUGGAAGACAGCAUUUAAGACACGGGAGGGAUUAUUUGAGUGGCUAGUUAUACCAUUUGGACUAUCCAAUGCACUGAGCACGUUCAUGCGGGUGAUGAACCAAGCACUUCGACCGUUUAUUGGUAAGUACGUUGUUGUAUACUUUGAUGACAUAUUGGUGUACAGUGGGUCGGAGGAGUCUCAUGGUGUGCAUCUAAGGGAAGUCCUUACUGUUUUACGUAAGGAGAAGUUCUUUGCAGCCACUAAGAAGUGCGUGUUCUAUACCGAUAGUGUUUUGUUUUUGGGGUAUGUUGUGUUAGCCGGUAGGGUAACGGUGGAUGCAGCUAAGGUUGAUACGAUUCGACAGUGA